UUUUCACUCUCUUUCGCUCUCUCGCGAUGCUUCGGAGAUCGCUCUCGCGACUCUCGCCUCUCCUCUCCAAUGGCGCCCUCCGCCCCCUUCCUCCCCUCUCCUCUCUCUCCCUUCGCCCUCUGCGUCUCUCGUCCUCCUCGCAAACCCUAAACCCUCCUACUACUCCUCCGCCUCAAGAGGACGACGCCAUUAACGACCUUGAAGGUCCCGCCCCGAGGAUGACCGUCUCGAUCGAUCGCUCCGGGUUACACAAUCCCCCAGAGCACUCGCAUGAGGCUUCGUCGGAUUCUGAGCUCGUUAAGCAUCUCAAGAGCAUUAUAAGGUUUCGUGGAGGUCCAAUAUCAGUUGCUGAGUACAUGGAAGAAGUUUUGACUAAUCCGCAUUCAGGAUUUUACAUUAAUCGAGAUGUAUUCGGCGCUUCUGGUGAUUUUGUCACGUCUCCUGAAGUGAGCCAAAUGUUUGGCGAGAUGGUUGGAGUAUGGACUAUGUGCCUUUGGGAGCAGAUGGGACAGCCUGAAAAUGUGAAUCUAAUUGAACUUGGCCCAGGACGUGGUACCCUAAUGGCUGAUUUACUUCGUGGCUCAUCCAAAUUUGUCAAUUUCACAAAGUCGCUCAACAUUCACUUGGUAGAGUGCAGUCCUGCCUUGCAGAAGGUUCAGUACAAUACAUUAAAAUGUGCAGAGGAUGUUCUUGGUGAAGAAAGUAGCACAAAAAGGCCAAUUAGUGGGAUAUCCGGAGCUCCGGUUCAUUGGCAUGCCGCUCUGGAACAGGUUCCGUCCGGAUUGCCAACAAUUAUCCUCGCACACGAGUUCUAUGAUGCUCUACCAAUCCAUCAAUUUCAGAAAACUUCACGUGGGUGGUGUGAGAAGAUGAUAGACGUCUCUGAGGAUUCAUCGUUUCAAUUUGUUCUAUCUCGACAUCCCAGCCCCUCUCUACUUUACCUAUCCAAGCGUUGCAAAUGGGCUAGUGCUGCGGAAGUAGAGCAGUUCGAACAUAUUGAAGUGUGUCCGAAAGCAAUGGAGCUUACUGAACAAAUUGCAAAGAGAAUUAGUUUGGAUGGUGGGGGAGCUCUGAUAAUUGAUUAUGGCAAAAAUGGAAUUGUUUCAGAUAGUCUGCAGGCUAUUCGGAAACAUAAAUUUGUACACAUACUUGAUGACCCUGGCUCCGCUGAUCUGAGCGCUUAUGUUGAUUUUGCAUCCAUCAGGCAUUCGGCUGAAGAAGUUUCAGAAAAUAUAUCAGUUCAUGGUCCAAUAACACAAUCUCAAUUCUUGGGUUCGCUCGGCAUAAACUUCCGUGUGGAAGCCUUAUUGCAAAACUGCACCGAAGAGCAAGCGGAGACUCUACGAACUGGCUAUUGGCGGCUUGUGGGGGAUGGUGAAGCUCCAUUUUGGGAGGGACCUGAUGAACAGACGCCCAUCGGUAUGGGUACGAGAUAUUUGGCCGUGGCUAUUGUUAACAAGCGGCAAGGUGCGCCCGUUCCAUUUGAAUGAAAGUUGACAAAAUUCAUUUUUGUGUAACAAAACUGUUUUUAGCAGUCAAUAACCUGUGUUUUAGGAAAAUAAUGCACGAGAUUAUUUAAUAUUUAGCACUGAGAUGCGGGAGGAAAGUGUACGAGUAGAAGAGAUGUGAUGUAUUAUUAUGCUGCUGCUUUUGGGUGGACCCUUUUAGGGUAGUAAACAAGAAUUGAAUUAGUUUUUAUUUCUGUGAUGUUUUGAUCUGUA